AUGGUUUCAACGCUAAUCUGGAAUCUUUUAGGUUUGAAUUCCUUAACAGAACUUGAUCUUAGUGAUUGCAAUUUGUCUGAACGAGGGAUCCCCAGUGACCUUGGCAGCUUAUCCUCUUUGAAAAUGUUGAAUUUAAGCAGAAACAGUUUUGUUAGUUUACCUGCAACCAUCUCCCAUCUUUCUCAACUUGUAUCCCUUAGGUUAGCUGGGUGCAAGAGGCUAGAAGCAUUACCAGAGCUUCCAUCUUCUAUUAAUUUGUUAUAUGCAGAUGAUUGCCCAUCAUUAAUAAGCUCCAGAGAUCUCCAACAGAAUUUGGGUACUUCAACAUAUCUGCAACUGCCUCCAGAUUGUUGUGAGGAGAGAUAUAUUGGGAUUGCUGUGUGUGGUGUUUUUAACUUCUCAACUCCACACUCAUGUUUGAAAAUGCGUUUCCAUUUAGUAGACCAUAAUGAUAAACAGUGUAGUGAAGACGAGGAUUACUUUUGGAUCCCCAGAAGUGAGAACCUUGGGUCCAAACAUAUCAUGCUGUGCUAUAUUCCAACUCAGGAGGUGCAUUGGAAUAAAAACGAAUGGCGCCAACUUGGGGUUUCCUUUGAAUUUGUUGAUGCGGCAAAUGGUUUUAGGAGGUUGCCUCCGAGGAAGUGGGGAGUCCGUAUAGUGUGUGAGAAAGAUGUGAAAAGUUGGAAGGAUGGGUAUGGGAAUUUGGGAAUCAUGGACGGGACAGAUGAAGCAGUAGCAGUGGAAGACAAAAAUAAUGGUGUCAACAGAAAGCGUGACAGAUUCUGA